GUGACGUCUGGUCUAUGCGACAAUUCAGUCACGUUAUCAUCACCUGUGAUACUACGCCAUCACAGAAACGUAAAUAAUGGAGGGAGGAGAGAGAUACGCAUUUUGUAGCUGGAAAUACAGGAACUAUUUUGAGUUUCUGUCAGCGAAGGAUGACAAUAUCAAGGUUCGUUGUACCCUCUGUGCACCACAUCAAAUCUGAAGAAACAUUUGGAAUCGCAGCAUGGGACAUUCAGACUGACGGAGCAAGUCCCGCCAGGUGCUUCGAAGCAGAGGGAUGCGACGGGCCCUCCACUAACCAAACAACAAAAGCUGGAUUUCGGUGCAAAACCAGCAAGUGGGGAAGAGUUAAAGAAGUUGGUCGGACGGUAUGUAGUAGAAGAAAUGCUGCCCUUAAACACGAUUGACUCGCCCUCGUUUCGUGUCAUAAUAAACAGAAUCCCCACUACUGUAAAUGCCGAGCUGCCUCACAGAGGAGCUUUUUCUGCAUAUGUGGAGAAAGGAGUAUGCAGAGAUGGAGUGAAAUCUGAAGGCCGCACUGAAUGAGGUCGACUUUGUGUCACCUACCGCAGAUAUAUGGACUGCUAAUGGCAACAAUAGAAGCUAUAUGGGAGUAACACUCCACUGGAUCCAUAGAUCCACAUUAGAGCGCCACACGGCUGCAUUGGCAUGUAGGAGAAUUCGUGGUAGACACACAUAUGAUGUUAUUGGUGCAGAAAUUGAAAACAUUCACUCUUCGUAUGGACUACGCAACAAAGUAGUUGCAACAGUGACUGAUAAUGGAUCCAACUUUGUGAAGGCUUUUAAAGUUUUCCAGCCUGUCACAGAGUCCGAUGGUGAGACGGAGGAGGAAGAGUCCACCCGCACAGAUGAUGAUGUCACUUUUUUGGAUAUGUCGGAAAUCCUCGCAGCUGAGAAUGAAGUUGAUGGCCAACUGUGUCUACCCCCGCACCACAGGUGUGCCUCACGCACCAUCAACAUCAUUUCCACAAGUGAUGUGGAGAAAUAUUUAACUUCCCAUGCAGAGAGCAAGGCCGUUUAUAGGAGCAGCACAGCAAAAUGCACAGCGCUAUGGACCAAAUCCAGCAGAUCUACCCUUGCAUCAGAAGCAGUGGAGGAAGUCAGCAAAAGAAAGCUCCUGGUACCAACAUCCACAAGGUGGAAUUCAUUUUUUGAUGCUGUAAAGAGAAUUGCAGAAAUUCCCAUGAGUGAGCUGAAUACUCUAUGCACAAAGCUGGGAGUUAAGUGCUUCAUAGACCGAGAGUACCAGUUCCUUCAUGAGUACUGCACCUUCAUGAAGCCCCUCACUGCAGCUCUGGACAUUUUACAAGGUGACUGUCCUUAUGGGACUUUACUACCCACACUUGAAGUUCUGAUGCAGAAGACCCUGGCUGUGAAAGAUUCGCUCUCCAGGAUGACUGCAGGCCUUCCAGAUGCUAUAGUGCAGGCUAUCCAGACUCGUUUUGCUGGUGUGCUGGACGACAAAGAUGCCCUUCUCGCAGCUGUCAGUUGUCCUAAAUUCAAACUUCGAUGGCUAAGAGAUGCAGGUAGGAGGGAGCGAGUGAAAGAGCUUCUGAUAACCGAGUGCCGCACAACUGCUCCUGCACCACAGAGCUGCACUACAACUGCUAGCCAAGGUGAGAUGGACUUUUUCACUUUUGAGGCGGAGCCAGACGACACCUACUCUGCAGAACAGGAAGUCAUGGACUACCAUAGGUCAGCCUAUGACCUUCAAAUUCUGCAUCGAUUUACAAACAUAAAGAAAAUGUUCUUGAAGUAUAACACUCCAACCCCAUCAAGUGCUCCUGUGGAGCGGCUUUUUAGUCUGGGAGGUUUGGUGCUGACACCUAGAAGAAAUAGACUUUCUGACAGGAGGUUUGAAAAGCUUCUGUUAAUGAGAUACAACCACUGGUUUACUCGUCCCAUUCCAUUGUUUCACUCAUAAAAUGGGAUUAUAACAUAAGAUUAAGCCAAAGUAACAAAAGCAGACAUGUCAGCCUAUAUGUGGUAUUAUACACUACUGUAAACUGUUAAAGCCACUCCUUGCUGCUCCAAUGCUGUGAACAGGUUCCAUGUUUAGUUUUGUCAUUACAGUGUUAAUAUUUAAACAUGUCUGGUCAAGAAAGACUGUCUUCAUUAUAUUUUUUUAUUUAAAAAGUAUUUAUGUUCAACGAAGUGAAGAAAAACUAUUUUAUUUUAAAAAAAGUAUUUGUUUAGUGAAGUCAAGAAAGUCACUGUAUUUUGUUUAUGUAAAGCAAGUUUUUUAUGAUACUAAAGUCAAGAAAUACUAUUUAAUUUUUUAUAAAAAAGUAUUUAUGUAUAAUGAAGUCAAGAAAGACCUUUUUUUUUCUUUUUAAACAUGUAUUUUUUCCUGAAAUGGUUUUUAAGUUCAGCUUUAUAUGUCGGAAGAUACAUUGUUGAUGUUACCAAUAAAAUGC